GAGCUUCAGUUCGGUGUGAAGAUGACAGAGCGAGCAGAAGAAGAGCUGAUGGAGGAAAUACACUGUGCGUUUAUAAAGCUGCUGUCUGUGAGGCUGAACAAUUUGACUGCACGAAAAGACCCGAAAUAAAACACUUCACAAUAUGAAGACGCGAACGCGUCAUGGGAUCAUACUGAUUGGUGUUGUGACUGUGCUUACAAGCUUAUUGUUUGUCUACAACAGCACUUCUGCAGACACACCAGGGGAUCAGCUGCAUUCAGAUGGACAUCAGAUAGAUGCUGCAAGCCGACAGACAUUCAGCUUAGAAGGUUACAUCAGCAUCAUUGAUCAUAAGCCUCUCAAGACGCACUGCAGAAGUUGUGCCUUGGUGACGAGCUCUGGUCACAUGACAGGAAGUGGUCGAGGUGCAGAGAUCGACGAAACAGAGUGUGUCAUUCGUAUGAAUGAUGCCCCAACAAGAAGAUACCAGAAGGAUGUGGGCCAGCAUACAAAUCUCCGUGUGAUUGCUCAUUCCAGCAUGCAGCGUGUGCUGCGAAACCGCUACGAGCUCCUCAACUCCAGCCAGGACACUUUCUUUAUCUUCUGGGGGCCUGGAAACUACAUGCGGAGAGACGGUAAAGGCCUUGUCUACAACAACCUGCGUCUGAUGAAACAGUUGAUGCCCAAACUUCAGGUGUACAUCAUCUCACGGCCGAAGAUGCUGCAGUUUGAUGAACUCUUCAAGAAGGAGACUGGAAAGGAUAGAAAAAGGUCCAAUUCAUGGCUCAGCACGGGCUGGUUCACCAUGGCAAUCGCUAUAGAGAUGUGUGACAGAAUCAACGUCUAUGGCAUGGUUCCUCCAGAGUUCUGCAAGUCUCCCCACACCAAGCCUUCAGUGCCAUACCACUACUACGAGCCUUCGGGCACGGAUGAAUGCACCAUGUAUGUCACCCAUGAGCAGGGCCGGCACGGCAGCCAUCAUCGCUUCAUCACUGAGAAACGUGUCUUUGCCAAAUGGGCACGCAUGUUCAACAUACACUUCUAUCAGCCUGACUGGGGACCACCCCCUGUCAUAAACAACAACAACAACACAAACUCAUGAGGUUCAAACUUUGGGGAUGUUUUCAUUUGAACAUUUUAAAUCAAACACAAUGUGAAUGAAUGUUUAUGAUGAUGUACUUUCUAGCGAUUUGACACUGUAAAAAAAACAUCUUUAUACUUUCUGAAUAUAUAAAUAUUUCACAAAUAAGUUAAACAUGUCAAGAACAUAGUAUUCCUGAUAUAUAUUAGUGAUUUAAUUUUCACAGUGUACCCGGUGAUCCACAUUCGCUCAGAAAACUGGGUUACUGUAUAAUUAUAUCACAUCUCUGUUUCCAGCAAUUACUACUUGGGUAUCUAGGCCAUAUUGUUCUCCAUGUGUAGUUUCAAUUAUACAUACAGCCUCAAUAAUCUUUGCAGCUUGAUGAGUGUCAAGCACAUGUUGCACAUUUCUUCUCUUAAUGGCGUCUAAAGAGGAGCAUUUGCAAACUGCGCAUUUUGCAAAGGACACUUUUAUCAGAAGGCUCAUUAACUUUGUCUGAUUCAGUUUUUGCACAUGUCAAAAGAUGUUUAUCUUCUAAAUUAAGCUGUACAUAGAGCUUUAUGCUAAUAUUGUCAUGCUGUUAGCAGCUCUGAUCUUUCCUCAAAAUCAGUUAGAUACUUAGACAAACAGUCUCAAUACGCGGUUUAUUUGCUUAUAUUGUUUUAUGACAUCUCAUUUUGUUUUAUAUUGAUUUGUGCUAAGUUUUGAUGCACUGACAUAAUGUUAGACAUUGUUUAGUGUUCAUUAGAUGGUUUCGGUGAAGAAUUCAUCAGCAGGUUUUAUUUUAUUUAUUUAUUUAAAUUUUAAACAGUAACAUGUGAAUUUGCAAGCCUUUUGAACUAUUAAAUUAAAUAACAAUUCAUAAAAAAAUGCUUGUUUGUGAAUCAGAUA